GUAGCAAUCAUACAGACCGACCCCCUCCCUUGCACACCAGUACUGAGGCCGGCUGUGCUCUGUUCUCAUGUGCUGAUUCCCUACCUUUGUUUUUCUCCACCCGGCAGUCUUCAGCGUCCCUAUGCGCUCGCGUCAGAGCCGCCUGCCUGGACACCCCGCCUUCCUUUUAGGACGGCCCUGAAAGGAGGCGAUCGCGUCUCCGCCUCGCUUCGUCCGCGCGCCCCCAUGAAGAGCCCCAGCGCGCAGCUCUCGCACGCGCUCACGCGCAUCCACGCCGCCAUGCACCGCCCACCCUCCCCAGCGCCCGCGCCAUCCACCCCGCCAUGCGCGGGGAGCCCUCCUGACGACCCCAUGCGACGAUCCGUGAGUCGACGGGCGUCGCAGGAGCGCACAGCGGAGUUGCUGCAGCAGUCGUUCCGAUCCAAGGCGCAGCCGCCCGCGCGCGCGCAUCCUGCCGGAGCGCCCAUCCCCGGGAUGCCUGAUGCGGGCGGCGGGAAACAGCGGCGGAGGAGCGCGAUGCGGAGCAGCAGCGGGCUGAGGGAGGGUCUGUCUGGGGGAGCGCGGGGGUCGGAGAGUCCCGCGGCGUCGGGGCGGCAGGGGCUGCGGAAGCAGGUGUCGGGCGACCUGGCGCCGCUGCUGCUCAUGCUGAAGCGGCAGGCCACGCCCACGAGGACGCGCUGCGUGUCGCCCGUGCAGUCGCCGCGCGACGUGUGGGAGGCGGCUGAGGCUGGGAAGCUGUUUGACUGGAUGAGGAAGAGUGAAGAAUGCGACGCCACGUCAGCAGGGCCGAGGGAUGAGAAAGUCGAAAGCGCUUCUGUUUCCACAGCAAGGGCUGUUACACUUGAGAGGAGGAGGUUUCUAGUCCAGGCGCAGAGGCCGCUGCAGUCUCCAAACAGCACCUUGGAUCCACCUGACGACCUGCCACUGUGGCGUGAGGGACCCUCCCAGUCCCCCUGUUGCCACUGGGAUCUACCUGCAACGUUUCCCAAAGCACAGACGAUCCCAAGUGCUUGUUGCGAGAGCAACGUGGAUGCGUUGUGCGAAAGGAAUCAGAACCGGCAGCCAUUGUGUCCUCGGUGCUCCUGUAGCCCGUAUCGACCAAUAAUACUAAGAGGUGCCUCUUGCGAUGGGGCAAGACAGGUUCCAGCCAGGCCGCAGCCACAUGGGAUGUACCCUCCAUCAAUGCUAAAUAAAGGGAGGGGACGACUCGCAGGAAGGACAUUCAGUGUGAGGCAGCAAUUGGCUAUGGAAGGUAGGCCAAGAUGGAGUCUAUGAUCUGGUGAUGGGCUAGCAGCGUACAUAGCAGAGCCGUGAGCCCCACAAUUUAACAAGAGAACCGAUUGUGAAAGUUGCUUAGUCCAUCUUGCAAAGGUAGCGUGCUUCAUUUCAGAUGGGUGGUUACAUAGCUCUCGUCGCUAAGCGCACAUACAUUGGAGGGAGGGUGGGGGGGAACUCAAACUAGAAACUGAAAAUGAAGAACGUGGGUGAGGCCAACUGGCCUCUUUGUAUGCAAAAAGAGGGUGAGUAGCGGCGCGCCGCUACCUUUGCUGUGCUGGCCACGUUUCCACUUUCACAAUACACAAUUUUAGAAAGCGUGUAACACUAUCAAAAAUUAUAAUUUAUAAAGAUAUUUCAUGUUG